AUGGAUCUGGAGACGGAAAAUAGAAUAGCUGCCAUUCUCUUGAAGGAGGCAGCUGAAUUGCGCAGGCAGGCUCAGAGGGAAGGUGCGCUUGCUUACCUUCGUCAGCCAACUGCGAGAAGUAGGCCCAAUUCUCGUUUUCUGACAGCAACUGUUCGUGGUGUUCAGCAAGCUAACCGUGUUGUCGAGGUAAAUGAGAUGUGGCGGCUAAGGGAGAAACAGAUACAGCUGGAUAAUAGGCUUAGUGGAGCAAGAAAUGAAAGCAACAUAAAUAGAAGUUACAAGGUCGCAAGUGAAUCUUCUAGAAGGAGUAGAAGCAGCAGCUGCAAUGAACCGGAAUCAUGUAGAGUUGCCUCUUUCUCUUCAAAGAAGAGAGAUAUUCAGAAUCUUGAUCCAACGGAGGAUGAAGGUUUAAGGGAUGAUGAGGUCGACAAAUUUCUAAAUUCCAGAGCUAAGAGGGGUCGGGGAGCAGUUGGAUCACGAAUGGAUGAAACUGGUCCAUACCUUCCAUCCUGUCCAGAUUCAAUAACGAGCGUGUCCGAAAAUGCUACUGAGGAGAAGAAGAAAGUUCUGCUUGGGCCCCUGAAGCCUCAUCACUUGAAGUCUAUUGAAUCUUCUGAUGAUGAUGAAUCAGAUGAAGAUAGGAGGAGGAAGGCAAGGAGAGGCUCAGACAAGGGGCACUCCAAGAAACACAAGUCGAAAGAUAAGUCGAGAGAUAAGAAAAAAAAGAAGAGGAAGGAAAAAAAGCAUAAAUAUCAUUAA